AGUGGUUUUCUGCUUACUAUUUGCCCCAAACUUCCGAGUGAGCUGCAAAGGGCAGUAGUUCCUGAGAACUGUGACCUCAUUAUCAAUUUUGGGUACAGCUCAUAAUUUGUUUUGUUAGUCUAGUAUUUCUGUAUCGGCUUCUUUAAGGAGAAUCAUUAGUAGCUCAGUGGAGGAGCUUCUUUAAGGAGAAUCAUUAGUAGCUUGGAGGAAUAUGUAGGUCAUGCCCUGGUGGAGUAUUUAAGCCAGCACUGAGGGGCAGUUGCUAUUCAACCAUCUCUUCUGCUACUACAACCACCCCUCUCUCUGCAAACCAUGGCCAACCUCGGAGGACUACUGUACUACAAGUGCAUGACACCCGACUUCCUCAAGACGACCACCACUGGAGUUAGCACUACCGGCUCUAAUGACACAGAGCUCAAGAUCGGAACUGAUGCAGCACCUUUCGAAGCUAUUCUUCAUGUACCAAUAUUUGACAAGUUUAAAGGAAACGCAGUGGUACCAGAGGAUAUCACUGUGUGCAUCAACGUUGCAGCUGAAGGACCCAAGGCAAACUACUAUGAUCCCAUGGCAGUCUGUGUCACGGAUAAUCAAAAUGUGAUGGGCAUUCAAUUGAGAGAUCCCAGUGAGUACAAGAAGGCAGGGCUGGGCCCCUAUAUGGCCAUAUAUGGUGGGUUUGGGAAAACAGUUGUGAGUCCUGUCAUCAUACAAUCCAAUGAGACAGAGGACAACUUUAAAAGGGAAUCCUGGUUGCGCUGGCCUCAGAUGUUCAAUAUCAAGAUCAAGCCGAAUCCUUCUGCUGGCACGUUAGGAUCACCAGCCUGGGGCCUGUGCUCCUCUGCUUGUGCCGGGGGGACCUCUCUAUCCUACAUCUAUCCCAACAAGCUUGACCUGAAGAAUGGCCUCCAGUUGGUCCUCUACCGCAAUAAAACGACUGAGACCUACACCAUCAACAUGAUUGAGGUGGCAAUCUACAAAGACGCUGCCUAAUAAACAUUCUGGCUUUAAACAAAAGACUCAAUCUGUAGUGCGCUAUAUAUUAUAGUGUAUAUAAUAGUGUAGCUGUAUAGUGUAGCUGUGUAGUGUGGCUGUGUAGUGUAGCUGUGUAGUGUAGCUGAAAUGCUGUGAAAAAUUGAUGAAUGUUGGAUUGAUAAAUUGAUGUAUUGAUAUUAAUUAUUUUA